AUGCUUGAUGAUCUGAGCAGCAAGAGUAUCAGGGCUCAGUGUGGCAAAUCAGUAACUCAGCCUGGGCCAUCUCCUUGUGAUCUCAGAACUUGGUAUCAGGAGCUGAUUGUGACCACAGUCUACAAAUGCCACUUCAUUGGCGUUGCUUAUCUGGUGCUCCUGAGUAUUGUUGUUAGCUGGGGUAAUCUAAUUGUACCUUGGGUUAUAUAUCCAGUAGUUCCAGUAACAUCGGCGGGAUCCCUAAAUGUUAGUGUGAAUACAAUUACUUGGCUUAGUACAAGCACUCUCUUCACCUACUGUAUUAAAUCUAAUAUUGCUACCUCUGUACUUUUACUAGUUGGGAAUUGGAUUUGGUAUAGAGGGACAGUCUCAGAGGUCAAGAACUACAGGCCUUUCUGUCUAUCAAUACCUAGCAAGUUCAGUGAAAGUUCUUUUACGGAGAAGGGCCGUACUAGUGCCAUUGCGAUUGCUAGCCUUGCCAAUCUGUUAGGCGCAGCUCUUGGACAGUUUUUAAACCCGUCCCUUGCUAAAAUACUAGAUGAUAUACCCAGAAUAAUCCUAAUAAUUUCCACGAUUUCCUUGUUGGCUAUCAUACCUUCAUUUUUUCAUUCUAAGCCACUGACUGCACCUUCAAUAGCCACUGCAGUUAAUCGAACACCCCUAUUUCUUCUCUCUUUACUAUUCUCUAUCUAUGUAGCACUAUUCAAUUUUACUAUUAUCCUAAUCAAUAAAGUAGUAUUAUCCUAUAGUGCUACUGAAGAGGAGGUGGGUGUUAUAGACAGGAUUCUAAUUAGUGCUGGGCUUCUGGGAGCAGCUAUCUUAUUACUGUGCUGUAUUAUAUAUAUUGCGCUUAUCUUUGUACCGGUUAAUACUUGGUGUAUAUGGCCUGUAUAUCUAGUCUGUGUGAUCCUGGGAUUAUUAUUAUUUAGUACUUUUCCAUUUAUAUUGGAGCUUCUGGCUGAAAUAACAAUUCCUUACUUCUCUGAAAUAGUCUUUAUUAUUACUCAGUCAGUAAUGGUUACUGAGCCCUCUGCUAAUCUGCCUUGCAAUAUACUUGGUGUUUCAUCGUUUACAGCAAUUUUAAGGGCAAUAUUCCUGCAAGCACCGCUACUGUUAACACUAGUUGACCCUGGGGCUCUACACCAGCGAGAGCGGUGA